GUCUGGUUUUUGCUCACAACACGGAUCGCAUUGUACCUAUUGCCAAUUUAUGAAGUAGUUUACAAUAUUAGAAUGAAAAUCGGCCCAUCUCGACGAGAUGUUGCUUUUACUUAAGGCUGCUGAGUCCGUUGCUGCGAAUGAUUACAGCUUCAAAAGCGAUGAUGAAGAAAACGAUGUCGUAGAACGAAGCUACCGCAGAAAGAAAAAAAUCAACAAGGGCCGAUGGACCAAAGAGGAGGAUGAAAAGCUUAAGACACUUGCUGGUGAUUAUGGACCAAGCGACUGGAAAGAACUAGCUGCUAAGUUCCCUGACCGCACUGAUACACAAUGUCAGCAAAGAUGGCAUAAAGUACUUAAUCCUGAACUAAUAAAAGGACCUUGGACCAAAGAGGAAGAUGAAAAGGUUGUGGAACUUGUCCAUAAGUAUGGCCCCAAGAAAUGGUCUCUUAUUGCUCAGCAUUUAAAAGGUCGUAUUGGCAAGCAGUGUCGUGAAAGAUGGCACAAUCACCUUAAUCCAAAUAUCAAGAAAAGUGCAUGGACUGAGGAGGAAGACAGGCUGAUUUAUGAAGCACAUAAAAAGAUGGGAAACAAGUGGGCUGAGAUUGCAAAAGUCAUCCCAGGAAGGACUGACAAUGCAAUAAAAAACCACUGGAAUUCUACGAUGAGAAGACGUGUGGAAUCAUUUGGUUAUGAUCAUUACAAGAAAAACAGAUAUGCUGGAGAAAAAGGCAGACAUGGAAGACCUUCUUCAACCAAGAAAGAAAGGAGAAGGAGAGAGGACUUUGAUGAUGAUGGUAUUAACAACCAGGUGUCAGUCCCCAUGGCAAUGCCAACAACUAGAACAGUUGUCCUUGAACAUGGUAAAUAUUCAAGAGGACCUACGCAAGUUUCAAAUUUAGGGUCAAGCUCCUUGACAAGCAUUAGACCAAGAAGUCAAGUGAAUCAGUACCAUGUUUCCAAAUCAAGCAAAGGUGACCCAACCAGUGAAACAUCACCAUUCAGGAGCUACAUAUUGUCGCAGAGUCUUCUUGACUCGGACCCUUCUACAUGGGGAGACCUAAGCACUUUUGAAAAUGGUACUGGGCCAUCUAAGGGACAUGCUUCUACCAAGCUGACUUCUCCAGGAACAAGAGGUUACAGAUUUGAUGGUAGUACUCUUGCAGGGUUGCAGUCUGAUGGGUCUUUGAUUCCAAUCACCUCACCAGUACUGCAAACAAGAUUCAGUACUCCUCCAACUAUCCUUAGAAGAGCAAAGAAAAGAAAGGCUCCAGAAGAAAAUGACUCCUCAGCAAGCCUGUCGACUAUCAUUCACCAAGAGAGGUCUGACAGCAUAUUCAGCAGUCCCAAAACCUGUACUCCCAUUAAAUCACUUCCAUUUUCACCAUCUCAAUUUCUGAACUCUCCUGGCUCAAAGAGAAGGACAUCAACACCAUCUGAACAGAAAACAACAAGCACUUCAACAACAGUCAAUGCAACGCUGAACACACCGACUUUAACUGACACAAAUAACAACAACAGUGAAGAGGACUAUCGCACACCAAGGAUUAGAAGGACAUUGUUGCACAUGUCUCCAAGAACUCCAACGCCGUUCAAAAAUGCUUUGAAGAUCCUCAAUGAAACUAAAAUGGCUCACACUCCAGCUCAUUUUGAUGAGGACUUUAGUGAAAUAAUCAAAAAAGAAGCUGAAGAAAGUGGAGUUGACAUUUCUUGCUCAGUGGCAAAAGAGCCUGUCAGGAAAGCAAGAGCAUCUUUGUGUAAGAGAAUGGAGGACAACAUGGAGCUGGUUACUCCUGCUUUGUUCAACUGUAGCAAUGAAGAGCCUUCCGUUAAAGUAGAGAAAUCUAUCAUGGCACCAAGCACUUCAUUAAGCAAGCCUGAUGGUCUGGAUGAUUCUGGAAUUGCCCAGACGUCAUCACUUCUGCUUUCACCCACACAAGACAUCAUCAAACCAGCUGAGAUAUUUGGCAAACAAGAUCUUUUUGUAACUCCAAGUACCAACCUCAACCAUGAGCUGUCUAAGAACAAGAGAAAGAACAACCUCAUGAGACCUUUGCAGUUCCAAGAAACCCCAAGAAAAAUCCAAAAUAUAAAUAUGGACACCACUUGGGAGCAAGUGGCAUGUGGCAAAACACCAGACCAACAAUUUGUCACAGAACAAGCAAAGAAUUUUAUUGCAAGUUACAGACCAGCAGCAAGAACGCUGCAUUUCAAUGCACCCACAAUGGCAUAAAAAUGUAUUAAAAAGGUUAACAAUACUUAUGGUUUUGCUAAAGCUUUCCUUAUUUGUUUCACAACAUUUUGCUUUUGAUCUAUCAUACUUUAGUUGCUCAGAUGACUUUUUAUAUCUACUGUAAGAAACAGAUUAUUUUGAAGAUUUUGUAUUGGAUUUACCGCAACAUGUAUGAGACAUAAAGCAUGAUUGAAACAAAGCCAGCUACAGGUGCAGGUGUUGCUUGGAAACCAUAAGUAUUGGGAGGAUUAAAGCUAACCAGCUUUUCUCCAAUGAAUUGUAUCAAAUUAUUGUAUCAUAGACAUGUGUUUUUUUGUUGUACUUUAAGUAUUUUACCAAAAAAAAUGUCAGCUAAAACACAAUGAAAACUACACAAAUAAUAAUUUAUUAAUCUCUCUAUAGAUGAUUGGUGCUUUUUUACUAUAAAAUACUAUAAAAUCAAAGUAUAUUCAUCAUGAAUUUGAAUAUAAGCAAAAGUAUUUUUGGAGUACCUUAAAUGGUCAAUAUUGCAGUUGUAGAUGUUUGUUUUACAGCAAAAUACAAUGUAUGUUUUUUUUUCUUUUCGUGAUUCAAACUUUGGUUGGAUGUUUAACCUCUUAUCCACAUAUUUUCACUACUAAACUUAUAAUGUAUAGAGUUACGUGUAAGAGUUAGGAGGUUGUAUUUGAUAUACUUUUAUGAUGGAUUGCUAUAUUGCCAUGGCAAUACACCAUUUCGCGGAUAAUUCGAAACUUUACAUUACGUUGUUAUGGUAAAUCAUUGACAUCACUGGAAAGAGCUUCAUAAAAUCAGCAAAUAUGCCAAGUUUGAAAAUAAUCUGAUUUAAAUUCAAAGASAUAUGUCACUUCAAAAACACUAAAUUUUGCAUAGAAAUGUUUGGCKAGGUUGUAACAAGUCAAGGUCAACCUCGAUCUCAUGCYRACAGCCCAUASAUUUCUUUGUAAAUUUUGCCGAAUUUUAAACGCUGUAUCUCCUUGAAUUUUCAUCGAAUCAUGCUCAAACCUGGUAAACAUACUAAUUUUAUACUGUUCUUUCCAGUGGUGGUAAUAGUUUUCCAAUAUUUGUUCAAUUUCUAAUAGCUGUGUUAUCCGCGAAGUGGACUAUUGUAAGAAUGAAGAAACCUGUACAGUAAGCAAAAAGUAUAAAGGAUAAGGACAUCGUUUUUAUAAGUGUUUCAUGGUGGUGAAGUUUGUGUUUUUAAAGAUUAUUUUUCUUUUAUAAAUUAGAGCAUUUAGCAGUAAUAUUAAGUUGAAUUUGCUAUAAUUUGAGGGAACACUCUAAAAGCAUGACAUACAUAUCUAAAUUAAUUGUCAAGUGAUUGUGCAUAUGUAUGUAUGUGCAUGUUUGUCAAAGAUAUGUGCUAGCUGUUGCUUUCCCUCAAUAUGAUGCUAUAUUUUACAUUUGGUUUUAUUUUAAUAACUUAGUAAAGAUGCUAAGUAUCUGCAUUCACUAAGUUACCAUAUGCUAUGUACAUGUAGCAUCUAGAGGUGGUUGUUUCUGGUAUAAGUUGAAUGGAGUAUUGAACUACCAACAAUCACUACUCCAGGGGCUACUUCUGUAGUUAACUGGUUGUACAUACAAACUCAGUCACCUUAAUAAGACAUAUUUGAGUGUGAAAAGCAAUCACAAAAAGAAGCACGGUUGUUUACAUACAAGUGUGCUUCUAAGUACAAAUCAAUGAUAAAUUUUCACUACCAUGUAGUUGAAAGCUUCAGUUUUAUCCAAAGACAUUAUAUUGUUUGAUUGGUGUGAAGUACCGCAACAUAUUCAUAUAUAAACAAGGGGGUUUCUAUCUUGUAAAUAUAAAUUUUUAUAAUCAAAUAAAGCUAGAAUUAGACAAA